AUGAACACCGAGGUGGAUGCUUGGGCCAUUUUCACUUUGGCACAAUUCUAUGAUCCUCCCUUGCGGUGUUUCACAUUCCAGGACUUCCAAUUGGCGCCAACACUUGAAGAGUUCUCACAUAUAGCAAACAUUGGCAUCAAGGAUGAAAUCCCUUACACCGGUCUAGGGGAACUUCCUACACAUCAACAAAUAGGUUCAGCUAUACGUCUAGAUAAAGCGGAAGUGAAAGCUAAUCUUGGACCAAAAGGAGGCACUUCAGGUUUCACUUUGAAGUUCUUAGUGGGAAAAGCUUCAGAUUUCAAAAGUAAAGAAGACUGGGUCGCUUUCAAUGCUGUGUUAGCCUUGAUACUCUAUGGGAUUGUCUUGUUCCCGAACAUUGAUGACUUCGUGGACAUGACUGCUAUACGCAUUUUCUUGCUCAAGAAUCCCAUUCCCACCUUGCUUGCAGAUGUUUAUCACUCUAUCCAUUGGAGAAAUGAGAAGAAGGGGGGGAUGAUCCAGUGUUGCGCUCCUUUACUGUAUAAAUGGUUCUUAUCUCACUUACCAAGCGAAGGGCCUUUUGUUCAGAACAAGGAUAACCUCAAGUGGUCUCAAAAAAUCAUGUCUCUCACUGCCAAUGACAUCGCCUGGUACUCUCGUGUUUAUGAUGAUGUGGACAUAAUCGUCAAAUGUGGCAACUUCCAUAAUGUGCCACUCAUAGGAACUCGAGGUUGCAUCAAUUACAAUCCUGAGCUUGCUAUGCGGCAACUUGGGUUUCCUAUGGAUGAUAAACCAGAAGACAAGUUGUUAGAAGGUUUCUUGCUGGGAGAAGGAGUGAAGGACGUUGAUCUGGUGAAGAGGAUAGGUCGUGCCUGGACUAAAGUUCGUAGAGAAGGAAAAAGGGAGCGUGGAAAGAAGAAUUGUAUAGCUAGAGGGCCAUAUACAAGUUGGGUCCAAGCCAGGGCUUCUCAAGACAAACUACCAUACCCUUAUGAGCCUCCGAUGCAUACAAAUCCCCCAGAACCUACCCACGUCACUAUGGAGGAAGCUAAAGAGCUCAAAGUUGUCAUCCAAACAAAUGUGGAAAGGACUGAUAAGGAGGAAUAUAAGAGAAAAAGAGUCAAACAGGGGUUAGAUCAGGCUGAGAGCUGCUUGAAUACCGUCAAAAGCCAACUGAAAGAGGCUGAGAGGGAUUGUCGUGAGAAAGAGAAAUGGUGGAAGCUCGCCACAAAACAAAAGAAGGAGAUAAGAGAGACACUUGAGGCUGAGAUAGCCAACCUCAGUGUUUCACUCCGUGAAUCAAAAGAAAGGGAAGAACAAGAACGCCGCAGUAAAGAGAGUGUUAUGGCUGCUACUCAGUGUGGUGUUGGUUAUGGGUGUAGUUUGAGUGAUUUGAAUGGUGAAGAAGAUUAA